CACUGACUGGGGGUCUCGCCGGCUUAAAUUCAACGCAAGGCGGCCCCCAUUUUCCCCAAUCCCUCUCUUCCUUUCCUUCUUCCAUUCACCCUCCCACCCCCAAAAGGCCUGCGACCAUCGUGUCCAACCAUCCGCCUCGCUACCAAACACCCUUUCGAUGAAGGAAACCUCACGUAACCUAACGUAUACUGAUCGCAUACGCUCCUGGGCCAGAACCAAAGCGCAUGGCGGCACUCAUCGCUCGACGAGACGAUCCGUAACCGACACUCACUCCUCUGCAUCUUCCCCACUCCCCUUUCACAAUGCCGGCCAUUCCGUGCCGGGCUCUUCGGGCGGCAACGCCACACCCGGAAACCCUAGCGAUCCGAGCGGCGGCACGGCGGCCGAUCAUGGAGGCCACAGUAGUAGUCUGCCCGGAACGGCAUCACCGCAGGCUACAGGGCCGGGGGCUGUCGUAGACCCGCCGCCGGGCGAGAAACAAGACAAAAAACACAUCGUUAUGAGAUUUCUGAUGGCCACCAAGACCAUCAUGCUGUACAGCAAGUUGAAUCUUGCCUUGGUCUUCGUGCCCGUCGGCAUCAUAGUCAAGGAGCUCGACAUGGCUCCGGGGCUUGUCUUUGCUAUGAAUGCCAUUGCUAUCAUCCCGCUCGCCGGCCUUCUAAGCUAUGCAACCGAAACUGUUGCUCGUAGGCUCGGAGACACCAUCGGUGCCCUGCUGAACGUCACGUUUGGUAACGCCGUAGAGUUGAUCAUCUUCAUCGCUCUUGUCAAGAAUGAGAUUCGCAUCGUCCAAGCCUCGCUGCUCGGGUCGAUCCUCGCCAACUUGCUGCUCAUUCUGGGCAUGUCGUUCUUACUUGGUGGCCUGCGCUUCCGAGAACAGAUUUACAACAGCACCGUCACUCAAAUGAGCGCAUGCUUGUUGAGCUUGAGCGUCAUCAGUCUAGUUUUACCUACCGCUUUCCAUGCAUCGUUCUCCGACACGAAGCUGGCUGAUCAGCAGUCUCUGAAGAUCAGCCGAGGAACCAGCGUGAUCCUGCUCCUGGUGUAUAUCAUAUACCUACUCUUCCAGCUGAAGUCGCACGCGUAUAUGUAUGAGUCUACGCCACAGUAUAUCAUCGAUGAAGAGGCCACCCCAGGGCCAGUAGCUGGAUGGCUCGACUCGUCUAGUUCUGAUGACAGUUCCUCGUCGAGUUCGGACUCGGAUGGCUCUGGCCACUCGAGAGACACCGUCUCGAAACGCGUGAAGAGAGUCAUCCGCGGUGGCGGUCGUAAACGCAAGCCCAGUGUUAUCUCUGUGGACAACAGCGAAGCCGCCGUGACCCGGACGUCCUCCAUGAGUCAUACCAACGACGAGCUACCUUCGGAAGAAUCGUCUUCUCGCCCCAUUCCGUUCUCAAGAUCGGCAACCUUGGACGGCAACGACGAGGCAGUCGAGGACGAGAAGCCACAUCGGCACGGUGGGCGGCGACAUCGACGUUCCUUGAGAAGACAUCGCAAGAACAAGAAGAAGGCCCUUCACUCGGGAUCUCAAGAUGUUGGUCCAGGUGGGGAGACGAUUGCCGAAGGCCCGGAGGUGCUAGAAAAGGACUCUCCGACCACUGGAGAGCCACGCCGCGUCGACUUUGCUCUCUCUGACGCCACAUCCCAGGGGUACGGCACCACCGCCGAAAUCCUGGCGAACAGGCUCCCUUUUACCGGCCUUCGAAACAUGUCUCUGCGACCUGUUGCCAAGAGCCUGGCCCCAACUGUCUUUGUGCAAUCCCCGGAACUUGCUGGCCCAGCCAUCUCCCCUGGCCCGGUGCCGCGUGUCAGAUACGGGAUUCGAAGGACAAAUUCUCUCCCGGACCGCCUCAACCAGUUAUACCGCCCUCCUGGCGCCAUGAUGCCCUCGCAAAUCCCUCUCACUUCUUUGACCAGCGGGGCGGCCGCACAGAAUGCCAGAAUCGAGGAGCAUGACCACCUGUCGCGUACAAGCGCUAUCAUACUCCUUGUUGUCUCCACUGGGUUGGUUGCGGUGUGCGCCGACUUUAUGGUUGAAUCGAUUAGUGGUCUUGUGGCAAGCAGCUCGAUUUCCGAGAUCUUCAUCGGUCUCAUCGUCCUCCCGAUCGUUGGCAAUGCGGCGGAACACGUCACAGCCAUCACGGUGGCGAUGAAGAACAAGAUGGAUCUCGCAAUCGGCGUGGCGGUCGGCAGUUCUAUUCAAAUUGCCCUCUUCAUCACGCCGCUUGUCGUGAUCCUGGGGUGGAUCAUGGAGCGCGAGAUGACGCUAUACUUCACCCUCUUCGAGACGGUCUGCCUCUUCGUGUCGACCUUUAUCGUCAACUUCCUGGUCCUAGACGGCCGGAGCAACUACCUCGAGGGCGCCCUCCUGUGCGCUACCUACGUUAUCAUCAGCCUCGUGGCUUUUUACUACCCCGACGUCAGAGAUGCUAGCGUUUGGGGCUCGUAGGACAACACCAACCAAUAGGUACCUAUCCAUUUUCAGACAUCAAGAGGGAGGCCGAAAGAAUACCCAAAUGAUGUAAAGCUAUAGGGGGUUUGCGUCACCUACUUGGCAGAUGGGCGAAAUGGAAUUUCCGAAGACCCUUCAUUUGAGGUCGGUCGGCUUUACUUUCUUUCACUCCUUUUGGCCUGCUCGUUGUGGGAUUACCAUGGGACAGGCUCAAUUAUUCGGAUACUGGCGAGGGGGCCAAAACCAGAUUGUAGUCGUAUGAAGGUAGAGGGCAGUUCCCGUGUCUCAUUGGAAGGCAAAGCGAUUUGCAUCUCUAGUUAAAACAGUACGGAAGAUAGCUCUCUCUCUCGCUGCUUUUCUCUUCUAGCUAGGAGGCAGCGCAAUUUCUCUCGUUAAGCGCUUUCUGCAACGACUUGUUACUCCUCCCAUAUUUCCAUCGGGAUCGUAUGUAUGAGACGAGCUUAAAGAUGUGGA